AUGGCAGAAGCAUCGACAGCUUCUGCUGCUGCUCCUUCAUCCAGUCUGCCCGCAAUCCACAGUCUGCAGAUUCAGUCAGAGGCUUCGACGAGCUCUUCAGCUACCUCUCAAUCGGCUCGCGGACGCGGUCGCGGCCAAGGUCGUGGCCGCGGACGAGCAAAGAAAACCGACGCCAAUGCUCACUCACAUGGCUCCGCUACCGUCCCAAUAUAUGGCUCGUCUCAGACGCGAUCCGAUCACCAGCCAAGCAACGCAAAGCCACCAUCGAAGAAGAAGGGCAGACGAGGCGGUGACAAGUCCGGAAAGGCCAACGGCGCAGAUGCAGCGCAUGAGCCAAACACCAAUGUCGGUUCGUCAAGUGCGGCUCCAACCCGUGUAGCAGUGCGGCGUCAGCAGUUCGGCGGCAAGCUCACCGGCGGAGCUGCCGCAUCAUCAGAACAAGCUGACAGCUCGGUCAAAACAACACAGAACGGGAGGUCAAAGAAACCGGUGGUCAAGGUUCCGGCAACCGCAGAGCCUGUUGAGUACGCCGAUCUGCGCUCACGUCUUCUCGCGGAACUCUCAUCUGGAGAGUACGACUGCGUCAUCUGCUACAGUACCGUCACCACCCGUCAAGCGACCUGGUCUUGUUCGCAAUGCUACUCGGUCCUCCACCUGCCCUGCGUUCGCAAAUGGGCCGAGAGCAGCGUCAAGAAGGCCGAAGAGCACAAUGCCAUGCAAGAGGAUCCCGAGAUUCGCGCCCGUCGCGGAACGUGGCGUUGUCCUGGAUGCCAGUACGCUAGGGAGGAUGUCCCCAAGAUCUACUGGUGCUGGUGCGGACGCACCCAAGAUCCACAGGGAGGCAGGGGUGCCAAUCCACACGGCUGCGGCCAGCGGUGCAGUAGAGGCAAGUGUAUUCAUGGAUGUGCCGAUGCCUGUCAUCCGGGUCCCUGCCCGCCCUGCGCCGUCACCGUCUCCCAGCAAUGCUUCUGUGGCGCCAAAACCAUCCCGAUGCGAUGCUCUCAAACGUCCGCGAAGGAGGCUCGCAUCUCAGCUCUGCACCAACGCGGCACGUCCUGCGGCGAUGUCUGCGGUAAGAAGCUUGACUGCGGUGUACACUCGUGUCAAGACACCUGCCAUCCUGGCGCUUGUCAACCCUGCUCCGUUCAAGUGGAAGCGCUAUGCUUCUGUGGCAAGCAUACCAAAACCAUGCGCUGCGGCGAUGGCGUUCGGCGCGACAGCUUCGACGACGAGAUUGCCUCCAGCUUCACAGGCCGUUUCGCAUGCGAAGACCAGUGCGAGCGCACAUUCGACUGCGGUGUGCAUUCAUGCUCCAAGGCAUGUCACUCACGAGACGCUGCUCGUCCAGUGUGCCCUUCCUCGCCGUCACUCGUCCAAACAUGCCCGUGCGGUGCUCAACCUGUCACUUCGCGUACCUCCUGCCAAGAUCCUAUCCCUACAUGCGGGAAUGUUUGCUCCAAGAUGUCCAACUGCGGUCAUCCCUGCCCGUCUCGGUGCCAUCUCGGCCCAUGCCCACCGUGUCAGGUGCCGGUCUCGACGCCAUGUCGCUGCGGCGAGACCAAGCAGAGCCGUACCUGCCACCAGCGCCAGCAAGAAGAGCUCGAAGGCCGUCAAGAGGUCCUCUGCAACACCGUCUGCCAAUCUUUGCGCCACUGCGGCAAGCAUCAAUGCAAUCGACAGUGCUGUCCGCUCUACUUCCAGGCAAAGAGCAAGUCGAAAAAGCGGCCGACGCUGGCCGAAUUGCAAUUGAUGGAUCCCGCUGGGCUGCACGAGUGCUCGAUUCCAUGCUCCAAGCCGUUGACGUGUGGGCUGCACGAGUGUCCCAUGACGUGCCAUCGCGGUGCCUGCCCGCCCUGUCUUCAAGCCAGCUUCGAAGAGCUCAUCUGUCAUUGCGGCCGCACCGUCCUCGAGCCACCUGUGCCAUGCGGCACCCAGGUGCGCUGCAACUUCCCAUGCGUUCGACCACCACCCGCCUGCGGCCAUCCCAAGAUGCCGCACGACUGUCACGAAGAGGAACCGUGCCCGCCGUGCGUCUACCUCACAGACAAAGUGUGUCACUGCCAGAAGCACAUUGUCAAGAACGUGCCGUGCAGCCGAUCGCGCGUCUCUUGCGGCCAGGCGUGCGAUGCGCUGCUCAAUUGCGGUUUCCACCGAUGUCAGGGCAUCUGUCAUGUCGCUGGCCGAGAAUGCGCUCCCUGUGCCCAAGUCUGCGGUAAGCCGCGUAGGUUGUGUCAGCAUCCUUGCCAACAGAAGUGCCACGCGCCAUCCUCGUGUCCCGAGGUCGAGCCUUGCGAGGCCGUCAUCACGCUGCAGUGUCCAUGCGGCAAUCUGCAGUCUCGUUCCAAAUGCGGUGUCUCGAUCCAUGCGCCCAACAAGGAAAAGUCGCUCAGGUGUAACGACUCGUGCAUCAUUGCACAGAGGAACGCAAAGCUCGCCGAAGCGCUCGGUCUCAACCCGUCCGAGAAGGCAGCACCAGCCUCUUACGAAUACGAGACACUUUCGUACUACUCGGUGCCUAGCAAUCGCAAGUUCUGCGACGAGCUGGAAGCGUCGCUCAAUGAUUUCAUUCGGUCGCCUCGAGCCGGCAUGAUCUUGCCUCCGGCCAACAAGUUCCAGCGCAAGUUCACGCACGAAUUGGCGGCUGUGUACAAGCUGGCGAGCGAGAGCGUAGACUCGGAACCGCGACGCAGUGUCAGCAUCCGACGCAAGCAAGAUAGCCGCAUCCCCAAGCCGCUGCUGACCGAGGCGUUCGCCUCAGCACGAGCCUCGCUCAUGUCAUCGCAACAGCAGCAGCAACAACAACAACAACAACAGCAGGGAUCUGGCAAGUUGAUGGGACUGGCCCAGCUGCAACGACCCGGCGCCGAGACAGCCAAGCCGCUCAAUGCCAUCUUCCUGCCCGGCAUAUUUGGUCACGAUCAGGAUUCGCUCCGCUCGCUGCUGCAGCCGCUGCUGCGUACCAUCAAUUUUCAGAUUACUUGGAAGGGAGAUGAAGAUGUCUUAGUGACAUCGCCCGACUCUCCAACGCGACUCGUUAUGAUGAAGACCGAGCUCAAGUCGUUGGCACGUAGGGAGCAGUUCGCACGCGAUGUCAUUCUUUGCACGGUUGAUGCGAACAAGAACAUUGUGCGUAGAGAGGACGAGCCGAUGCUGAGUGGCAGCAACCGAACAGGUGCAGCUACUGGCGGCGCGUGGGGCUCUGCUGCAAUGAAGCGAGGUGGUGCCAACGCAAGCGGGCCUGGUAAGCCAAGCUCCGGUCUUGUCGGAGACCGCGGUUGGGCGGCCGUCGCUUCCGGAUCCGGUCGAAACUCGCCUGCUCCUAUCCAAGAGUCUGUUUGGGACCAGCCGACGAUGGCUGCCCAAUUUAAUGGUGCCAGAGCAACGACAGCACCAAUCGCCGGCAUCGUUCCCAAUCCAAAUGCCCCACGACGACCUGCUGACCAUGUCAACGCGUCCUUGAUCCCUGUAGCACCAGCAGCGCUUGAGCUCGCAGCAGCAGAUGACGGACCUGUCCCCGAAAGCUGGGAAGACGACAACUAG